AAAUUUCAGAGAAAAAAAGCACAGAAAAACGAAGAAGUCUCAGGGAACCCCAAAACCCAGAAACCUAAUCUUCACUGAAAAAAUGAAAACCUCCUUUAAUCGAAGCAAAACUCCUGCGAAGAAGAUACUUAGCGAGUUCGAUUUCUAGGGUUUCUGCGUCCCCCAAAAGUUCAUCCCCUUGGACCAUCAAGCUCAACCCAACUGGGGUCACUAACAGUUUUUCUUCUGAAUCGGAGCAUUUUCGAUCACCCAAUUCGACGAAGAAGAGAAUCGGCCAAAUGCCCAUUUGCUAGUUUUUUAGAGAGCCAAAAAGUUUCGCUUUUCAUUUUUCCCCUAUUUUUUCUGUGUGGUGAUUGUUUUGCUUUCUGGUCAUGCGAUCAUCGCCAUCCUCGUCGGGUUCGUCGUUGGGCAUUGGCCGAUCGGGUUUGCGGCUUCGGAAGAAGCAUAAGAGGUUGGAUGCAAUAUGCGAGGAAGAGUACAAUCGAAACCAUGUUGAGUUCAAUGAGGAUAAUGGUGAUUUAGACCCUGAUGCAGGGGUUCGUCGAAGCUCCCGGGUUCGCCGUGCCCCAGUAUUGCUCGACGCCUCUCCUCCUCCGCCAAAGAAGCGGCGGAGGCUAGGGAAAGAUGGAAUUGGCCAUGGUGUGGAGGGUGUCAAGAGUUUAGGGCGGGAAAAUAGGGGUUCUGGCGGGACUUGGAAUUCUAGGUUGAGAUCAAGUGUCAGGAGUGUCGGUUUUCGAGUGAAGAAGGAGAGGCAAUCACCCCGUGGGAAGAGAAAGUUGUUUGAGGAUGAGGGUGUAAGUAAGGAUGAGGAGGUUGAUGGGAAAGAUGAGUUGGAAGGUUUGAAGCCAAAAAUAGUUAAGUCGAAGAGACCGGGGAGAAUCAAAGCCACAAAACAUGAAGAAGGGCAUGAAGAGAAUGUGUCUCAUGGGAGUUUAGAUGAGAGCAAGAGUCAGGAAGUGGAGCUCGUAUUGAACAAGGGUGAGGAGUGUGUUUCUGUUCCUGGAACUGAAUUGUCGGGAGGGAUUGAGAUAGAUAAUUUGGAUGGAAAUGACUCACCUAUGAUAGGGAAUGAGGAGAGGAUCUUAUCCAACAAUUUGCAAACUGGGGAGUGUGGUGGUGACAUUGAACUGUCUCCUGUCAGUCCGGUGGAACAUGAGGAUAAACAGGAUGAGCAGUUAGAGGGUUUGAAGGAAAGCAAAAAUGUAGGUGAUGUAGCUGAACAGGUAGAUAAUGAGGGUUCUCUUGGCAAGGAGGUUGAUGACAUUAACGAAAAUGUCUUGAAAGAUGCAAAUGUUGAGAGAACAGACGAGUUGAAACAUGCUUCGAAUGACAAACGUGGCCACCAACGAAUCAAAGAGGGUAGGCGGUGUGGUUUGUGCGGUGGAGGGAGUGAUGGUAAGCCUCCAAAAAGGUUAGCUCAGGAUAAUGGGGAAAGUGAAAAUGAAGCUUAUAGUGGGUCAUCAUCUUCUGAGGAGCCUAAUUAUGAUCUCUGGGAUGGUUUUGAUGAUGAACCUGGUUGGCUUGGGCGUCUCUUGGGUCCUAUUAAUGAUCACUAUGGUAUUGCUAGAAUAUGGGUUCAUCUGCACUGUGCUGUAUGGAGUCCAGAGGUGUAUUUUGCUGACUUUGGAUGCUUGAAAAAUGUGCGUGCUGCACUUUUUCGAGGCAGGGCAUUGAAGUGUACACGCUGUGGGAGGCGAGGGGCAACCACUGGUUGUCGUGUUGAUCGUUGUCCAAAAACUUAUCACUUGCCUUGUGCGAGAGCAAGUGGUUGCAUCUUUGAUCAUCGUAAAUUUCUUAUAGCCUGCACAGACCAUCGGCAUCUCUUCCAACCUCGUGGUAAUAAAUAUUUAGCCCGGAUAAAGAAGUUAAGGGCUAGGAAAAUGAUGUUGGAGAUAAGGAAGCGAUCAAAUGAUGCUUGUAGAAAAGAUAUUGUGGAAGAAGAGAGAUGGUUGGAAAAUUGUGGAGAGGAUGAAGAAUUUUUGAAACGUGAGAACAAGAGGCUUCAUCGUGAUUUAUUGAGAAUAGCCCCUGUGUACAUUGGUGGUUCAGACUCUACCAGUGAAAGUUCAUUUCAAGGAUGGGAAUCUGUUGCUGGGCUUAAAGAUGUCAUCCGUUGUAUGAAAGAAGUUGUUAUUCUACCUCUGCUAUAUCCUGAGCUCUUUGAUAAUUUAGGGCUUACACCUCCAAGAGGUGUUCUUUUGCAUGGGCAUCCUGGAACAGGGAAAACCUUAGUGGUCCGGGCAUUGAUAGGUGCAUGUGCUCGUGGAGAUAAACGGAUUGCAUAUUUUGCCCGUAAAGGUGCAGAUUGCUUGGGGAAAUAUGUAGGUGAUGCUGAGCGUCAACUAAGGCUAUUAUUUCAGGUUGCUGAGAGAUGUCAACCUUCUAUAAUAUUCUUUGAUGAAAUAGAUGGACUGGCACCCUGCCGAACUAGGCAGCAAGAUCAGACACAUAGUUCUGUUGUGUCAACUUUGCUUGCUCUUAUGGAUGGUUUGAAAUCUAGGGGUUCAGUUGUGGUCAUUGGUGCAACAAACCGUCCUGAAGCUGUUGACCCUGCGCUUAGGCGCCCUGGUAGAUUUGAUCGGGAAAUUUAUUUUCCAUUACCAUCAAUUGAGGACAGAGCUUCCAUACUAUCACUUCACACCCAGAAGUGGCCAAAACCAAUUACUGGAGCCUUGCUUGAGUGGAUUGCAAGAAAAACACCUGGCUUUGCUGGUGCUGAUCUCCAGGCUCUUUGUACUCAGGCGGCCAUCAAUGCAUUGAAGAGGAAUUUCCCUUUGGAAGAAGUGCUGUCUUUAGCUGAAGGAAAAUAUUCAGGUUGUAAGCAUGUUCCUCUUCCAUCCUUUGCAGUGGAGGAGAGGGAUUGGUUAGAGGCUUUUUUAUCUUCUCCUCCACCUUGCUCCCGGAGAGAUGCUGGAAAUGCUGCUAAUGAUGUAGUCUGCUACCCUCUUCCUAGCCAACUUAUUCCUUGUUUGUUGCGGCCAUUAUGCGCCCUUCUUGUAUCUCUUUAUCUUGAUGAACGUCUAUGGUUACCCCUUUCCAUAUCUAAAGCUGUAUUAAUGAUAAAGGAUGUCAUGAUUUCUGCUCUAGACAAAAAGAAUAAGCCUUUUGAUCGUUGGUGGUUGCACAUGGAUGAUUUUCUUCAAGAAACAAAUAUUGCUUAUGAGGUAAAGAGAAAGCUUAGUUGUUCUGGUGUUUUAUCUGUGGAUGAUGGCUUUGAUGGUUCAUAUGAUACUGUGGAUGAUGCCAAUAAUGACAUGCUAAAGUUAGAACCCUCCAUAAGGAACCAUCUUGUCAUGCGUAAUGGUUUAUUGCCAGUCAUGCCAUUUGCAUUGACCAAUAAAUCAGGAUUUCGGUUAUUAAUUUCUGGAAAUCCGCGAUCUGGCCAGAGACAUAUUGUUUCUUGCCUUCUCCACUGCUUUGUUGGGAAUAUUGAAAUACAGAAGAUUGAUAUGGCUACUAUUUCACUAGAAGGGCACGGAGAUGUGGCACAAGGGAUUGCUCAACUAUUAAUGAAAUGUGCUAGCAGGCAAUCUUGCAUAGUAUUCAUGCCAAGAAUUGAUUUAUGGGCUGUGGAGAAACAUUUCCAAAUUGCUGAAAAAACUGAUUCAUGCUUAACGAUGGACAAGUCUUGUUUCACUCCAAACAAGGUUGUUAAUAAGAAAAAUGAGGUCGGUACUGAGAAAAAUUCAUCAGUGAUUACUGAAGGCCAAGCCAACACAAAGGCUUCAUAUGCCUGGAUGUCAUUCAUUGAGCAGGUGGAGUCCAUUGGUGUAUCCACAUCCUUGAUGAUUCUGGCGACUUCAGAAGUUCCCUGUACAGAACUUCCACACAAGAUGCGAGAAUUCUUCAAGAGUUAUCAAUAUAAAGACAGCCUGUCAACUCCUUUUGAGCAGUCAGUUCCUCGAUUCUCUGUGCAGAUUGAUGGGAAUUUUGAUCAUGACUUGGUUAUCAAUCAAUCAGCAGCAGAGAUCUUGAGAAAUGUAGUUGUGCAGCAGGUUCAAUUGAUUCAUCAGAUAUCUCAUGUUCAUAUGGGUAUCCAGAAGGGCCAAAGAACCCAUGAAUCAAUUGAAGUUUGUAAAGACACGGCAUGUCAAAGGAAAGAAAAUGGAUCAACCAAUGAUAAGAAGGGUGAAAUUCCACUCGAACCCUUUACAAAAGUUCCACCACCACCCAACAGUAAGUCACUGAAGGGAAAAUCAACCCUGUUGUUGGCAAUAUCCACGUUUGGCUAUCAAAUUCUUCUAUACCCACAUUUUGCUGAACUUUGUUGGGUUACAUCAAAACUCAAAGAAGGUCCUUGUGCUGAUGUAAGUGGACCUUGGAGGGGAUGGCCUUUUAAUUCCUGUGUAAUUCGUCCUAAUGAUUCACAAGACAAGGUGGUAGUUUCUUGUAGCUCUGGUGGCAUUAAAAGCAAAGAAAGAUCUGGUUUAGUGAGAGGCUUGAUUGCUGUUGGUUUAUCAGCAUACAGGGGGGUUUAUAAAUCAGUUAGGGAAGUGGCUGUUGAUGUAAGGAAGGUUCUUGAGAUCUUAAUUGAGAAAAUCAAUACUAAAAUUCAAGCUGGGAAAGAUAGAUAUCAAUACCUUCGUAUUUUAUCACAAGUGGCUUAUUUAGAAGAUAUGGUCAACAACUGGGCUUAUGCAUUGCUUAGUCUGGAUCAGGAUUCCCCUGAGCAUAAAGCCAAGGUUGUACCAGCAAGUGGUGGGUCAUUAAACAGUCAUCACACAUGCGAAAAUCACCAAACUGAAGGUGAGGGUAGCCGCUUGGUUGCUCAUGUAGAUGGUGAUGAUUUGGAGACUCUGGAGGGAAGUGGCAAAGAAAUUCCUACUGAAACAACUGGAUGUCUUGCCUCUAAUAACAAAAAUGAUAAUUUCGAUAAUCUUGAUUGUGACAGUGAAAAUGUUAGUUGUAAAGGGUCUCUACAAAAUCAUUCUUUUUCAGAUAAGCAUAUCAACAGCUCUGUUGCUGCAAACCGACCUCUUAAUCCAUCCAUAAAUCAGGAGAAUGGGACAUUAUGUGGACAAUCUGAACCUGUAACUUCUGGAAAUGUAGUGACUGAAGAACUUGGGAUGUCAAAAGAAUUCAACGAAUCCUCAUGCACACACACACUGGUUCUUUCUGAAAAUGGACUUCACCCUGCCAGCGAACCACAGAAUGUCGAGGCUGGUAACAUGAGUACAGUCUCUGAUCAGCCUCAUAGCUUGUCCACAGAGGAGACUGGCAUUAAGUCAAGUGAAGCUAAAUCUGGUGAACGUGAGAAUGCCAUAGACAGUGGUGUCUCUUCAAGUAAGGGCAGUGGUCCUGUUAAAUCUGAGGUCAUCUGCUUGUAUCAAUGUUGCCCUUCAUGUCUCUGCAGUCUCUAUCAUUUGACAAAGAAAAUACUCGUUCGCGAGUUGGGGUUGGAUAGCGGUCAAAAGACAGUAGAAGAUGUCCAUGAUGUCGUUGCAUCAUUAUCUGUGGAUAUUAUUUCAGCAGUUAGAAAAUGUUUUAUGGCUGAAGAUCUCAUUGUUAUUUCAAAUGAAACCUCGAGACAUGAAAAGCAUGGAACGUCUCUUGACUGUUUGAACCUGAAUACAUGUCCUCCUGGGAACCCAGGCAAAAAAGUGGUGGUGCCAGCUGACUGUGUUUCUCACUCAGCAAGCCAACAUGCAACUGCAAUCAAAGAUAUGGUAUUGAAUGAAACACCUAAGCUUGAUCUAAAAUUUGUUUUCAAAGAUGGUGUACUAUUUCAUAUUGACCCAGAAAAGGAUCUGCCUCGUCACUGUAAAUUUGAGAACUUGUGCCUUUGUUCUCUAAGAGAGUUGAUAGUAAUGACAAAACGCCCUUUUGAUUAGGCUAUUAUUUCAUAGCCUGGAUUGCUUAGCAAUUUUUUUGAUGCUUAUGAGGCAUUUGUAUAUAACUUCUUCUGAGAUUAAAAUUUAGUUUUGACCAGGAAAUUCCCAUGCAAUUUCAAGUGCUUACUUCAUCAAAACCCAGACAGCCUUGAAUUCUCAUAUGUCAUCUAACUUAUCUGACUUGAUUAUUUCCAAAGACUCUAACCGAACAUAAAGUUUCACGUGUGUUACUCCUUGAGCGUUGCCCAAAAUUCCUUCUAAUUACUAAAUUAUCAUUUUACUUAUUAUUCUCAGACUUCCAUGAUGUAUAUAUUCUUGCAAAUGUUUAUAAAUGUUUUUUUUUUCUAAUUCAAAAUUAAUUGGAAAGGAGAGGAGGUUGGAGUUGUUAUUAGUCUUGAUUAAAAUUUUGUGAUGCGAAUUACUUAUUUAAUGAAACAUGUACAUAAAUCAAUAAUGCAUCCAUGUUGAUAAUGUAUUUCUGCUUUAACUAUAUAUAUCAUUGGCUGCAAGAAUUGUAACCUGGCAAUGGCUGGGUCAGUGCCUCCAGUGUUCCUUGCGGGGGCAUAAGCACUACUGUCAGUACAGGCUCACUGCACAAACCACGUUAUAGCAAAAUGGUUUGAUGCCCCACUUGCAGCUUCUGGUUAGUGGUAAACAAUGUGCAAUGUUAUAGGCACAAGGCCAUGUUUUAUUGCACUCAGUGCUGUCUCAUGGCUAAGACAAGUAGGUGUAUAAGAGACCAAAAUGUAUUGAUAGAUUAGAUUUGAUGUUACCCACAUGGGCACCCACACCAAGUUGCUGUACAUUUUGAAAAAAGUUAUUUUUCAGAAAUUUUACAAAAAUGUUUAUGGAAAUAAGUUAACAAGAGUUUAUAAAAGUCAUAAGUUAUUUCUAUAAGUUGCUCAUAAAUUCUUCUAAAUAUCCCCUAAUCUAAUUAACCUAACUGAAUAUAAAAUGUAAACAAUGGUAAAGUUAUUUAAGCUAACAAUGUGUGGGGUUACCUGAUCGUUGGAUAGAAUUUCAGAACUGGAAUAUGAAUCUUCUUGAUGAUUAAAAGGUACUCUGACGCAUAAAUUUAGCAAAUAUAUUUGUAAGUGUACUAGCGUGAGAGAAAUACUUGAUCAUACCCGUAGGUUUCCCUUUAUAUAGGAUGUAUUUCCUUAUCUUUAAGAAAAAUUAUCAUUGCAAGAUUUGAUAAGCUAUCCUUUAAAUGAUAAGAUGACGAUUAAUUAAUAUAUUAUUAGUGUAAUUUGUUAUAAAAAUAAGUUUAAAUAUAUUUUAUGUCUUCACAUUUUAAUGCAUUUUUUUAAUCCUUUUAAAUAAAUUUUUUAUUUAAAUUCUUAAUUUUUUAGUAAUUUUUUAUUUUUAGUUCAUAAUGUUGUAAUCAAAUAAAGAAUUAACACGUGAUAGCAUUUCAAUAGACUAG